GUGCUCUGCUAGCAACGUCGCAUUUCGCGCACACUCGUUACAGUAGGUUUAGAACUAACCUCAGAUAAUUGUUUAUUGUGAUUUUAAUCAACGUGUGAAAUACCUUAUACUUUGAAUAUCUAUUAAGUUAUAUCUAUAAACAUAUAAAUAAAUUCAUUAUUGUCUGUAUUAUUCAUAAGAAAUAUGUGAAGAAUAUAUAUAUAAUAAUAGGAAAAGAUGGCUAGACAUCUGGCACGGUGUGUACUUGUGUCGCAUUUGUUGAAGACUUCACUACAAAAGCCGCCGCAUUUAGAAAGACGCUCGUUCCUCGGCGUAUUUGUAUGCCAAAAGCGGCUGACGCACAAAGACGUUGAAAUAUUGGAUCACACUUGCGAGAUAGCAAAUUACAAUGAUUAUCGAAUGAAUUAUAAGCCUAUUGUACAAGUCAUGGUGCAGACUCUUAAAGAGAUACUAAAUAUAUCGACGUAUGAGACAAAUAAGAUCUUAGCAGCCCAUCCUCAGCUUAAGAAGAGAUCCAGAGCGAAUGUUCUGAACAAUUAUUACAAUCUAUUGGAGGCUGGAAUACAGAAGAAUACUAUUGUAAAAUAUAUCUGGUUGUUGGCUCACGAUGACAUUAAACUCAAAGAGAAGCUCGACCGUAUUAGCACUCUUAAAAUGAACAAUGAAGAUCUUAUACCGUGGCUACGUUUUACUCAGGAGGAAUUAGUAAAUAAUAUAAAUUAUGUCAAAACCGACCCAACGCCAUAUAUGUUCAAUAAAAUUGAAUAUCUUGCUCAUAGGUUGGAGUGCAGCAUAGAAGAAUUGUGUAAAUUAACAGUGCGAUGUUCAUUUUUAUUGAAAAUUCCUGUUUCCUACAUAGACAACAAAUUAAAUAUAUUACAUGAAUAUGAAGUGAGCAACAAAAAUAUUUUGAAGGAUUUGUGGAUACUCCGAUAUAGCGAACAUCACAUACGUUACAGGUGCGACUUAUAUCAAGAUACAGGAAAUGAAAUUAAAACGUGGGCUAUAAGAUGUCCACUUAGAGUUAUAACAAGAGCUAUUCAGAAAAAUUAUGCGAAACGCGAUAUACUGCAAAACUAUAAUAACCUUAAUGAGUAUUUAUUAACUAAAUUAAAUGUUAAAGAAGAGGACCUGAACAUUUUGACCUUAAAAUGGCCAAGUAUUUUACGAGUAAACCCCAAAAAAUUAGAUAAGGUAAUUACCAUGCUACAUGACAAUGGUAUUACCAGCAAUGAAAUAAUACGAACAGGAGGACCGAUCUUUUUCUUCAAUAUAGAAACUAUUCAGAAGCGAAUUAACACUUUGCAGACAAAAAAUAUGCCUAUAAAAAUCCCUACUUUAAAAAUGUCUGUGAAGUCGUUUGAACGAUAUAUAGGAAAAAAUGAAAUAUCUAAGAAGAAAAGUCGACUGUUACAAUCUCAUCGAAACAUCAAGGGAUAUUUGAUGCAUAAAUUAAAUGCUGACGAAGACGAUAUUGAAGAGUUCCUUGAUAAAUGGCCACUUACUAUAAAAGUGGACAUACUUAAGAUAGAAAAAUUCAUCAAUAUGUUGCAUGAGUAUGGUUUUACGAAUUACGAAAUAUUGACACACGGGCGGAUUUUCCAUUUUAAGAUAAACACAAUACGCGAUCGAAUAGAAACGUUAAAAGAAGCUAAUAUAAUACCAAAGAUUACUAUAUUAAUGUUCAGUAACAAGUGCUUCAAUGAUUUUGUGCUAUCACACACAACGGAAAAAUAAUACGUAUAAAAUAUUGUAUUUUAAUAAAUUUAUCUUCUGAAACUCGCCAAGUCUUACAUAUAUACAUACAAAUUUUAAUACACAUACAAAAGGAUAUCAAAAAUCGGUUAAUUUCAAUUUAGUAUAUAAACGAAAUAAUUCUCCACUUCUACAGCAUCACAUUAUUCGAAUUCGAAUCGAAAUUCUACUAUAUCGGAAUAUAUUUUUUAAUCAUCAUUUUUUUUCGUAU